CACAGAGUUUCUGAAGCUUGUUGACCUGCUCGAGUUCUUCAUUUUGUUCAGCGUGGACCCUAUGUUCCCUUUUUCUUUUGUUUGUUUCAAACUGUAUUCUAAAAUCUCAUUAAAUUUAAUUACUAGACGGCGAUGACAAAUUCCAUAAAGAUGCUUCAUAAAUCCAGUGAAUGCUUGGCCAGGACCUAUCGAGAGAGAUGCAGUCAGAUCAGAGGGGAAAGACAGUAGAGUGUUACUGGGGUCUCACUAACGGCCUGCUGGGAAACUCGUGACGCAGGAUCGUUUGGAGUAUAAAAAGGGGUACGGAGAGUAACACAGGGAGUGCAUUGUGUAUUACAGAGUGCCAUAUUUACUGCACAUCCAGAGCUGAGGAGGUACAGAGAUUUUCCUUCUGUAAACUGUGGAGGCUGCUAGAAAUGCUCCUGCUUGCAGUGAUACUCCUGUUAUCAGUUACACUUGGAGAGAGCAAUCCUACAAGAGAGUACACUGAAGAUGUGGCUCCCGAGGAACGAGUGCUCGAGGUUUUGCAGAGAAUCGCUGCACAGCCCACACCUGAACCUCUGGCCUCCAAACUCUCAUCUCACCUCUUCAUGGAAAUGUCCAACCCAUGGCUAAGGCCACGAAUUCCCAGCAGUUCAUGGUGGUGGCACAUUGAAAAGCCUCAUCCUGAAACCAAGAGAAGGCAGAAUCUAGCCUCAUAUAACCUUAAUUCAUUCGGCCUUCGCUAUGGGAAGUGACAUCAGGCCAUGGCUACAGAAGGGAUUCUGCUUAAAACUAUUAAGCCCUUUUAAUUAUUGUUGUUUUCUGAUGCAUUCUUAAUUAUAUUAGGCUUGACAAAUGUCCCAGUUGAUCUGAUUUGUCUAUUUUGACAGCUGCUCAUAGCUGGAUGUAGUGAAUAAGUCUUAUCAAAUAAACUUUAUAAUCUUUGAUAAAA